AUGCUAAGACCAGUUAGAUUGAAUUCCCGUGUGGUGGGAGUUAGGCUGUUUUCUAUUACCCGCUUGAAUUUCAACAUAAACAACAUUGCUAGGACCCCUCCAUCGUCAUCUUCUUCUUCCCUGUUUGCAUAUAUUCAUGAUUACAAUACGUUACUUGAAAAAGUCAAAUCAACAAUAACGUCAAAAUCUUCUGAAUUAGAUAUAUUGGGAGCAAUAAAUGGAAUCAAAAAUUUACAAAAUAAUUAUCCCAUUCAAGAUCAAAUCAAUGACAAUUCAAAAUUAACAAAAGAAUCGAUUUCUAUCAUAAAUACAAUAUUUAAAAAUGAUGAUGAUGACAGAAAAUUCUCAUCAAAAUUAUUACAUGAUAUAUUGAUAUUGAACUUACCUAGUUCUUUAAAUAUUAAAGUUAUCAAACAUUAUUAUAAAUACAAUCCCACUGAUGUUGUCAGUAAAGAAGUGGCAUUGAUUCCAUUGAGGAAUGCAAUUUUCAAUGCUGAAUUCAUGAAAGCAAUCAAAUUGACUGACUUAACUGUAGGACAUGAAAAUUAUAUUAAUCAUAUGAAUCAAAUUUUGAAAUCUGGGGUUUUCAAACUUAUUUCGACUGCUGCUAUGAUUACUCUCUUUACGAAAUUGGGAGUUUCUAGUUUAAUUGAUGCUGGAGUGAUAUCACAAAGUUGGCAAAGCAUUGGAGCUAUCAAUUCGAUAAUUUUGACAUAUUUAAUCAAUUCAAGUUUUUUCAUCUCCAUAGUCAAAUUGGGUCGUACUUUGAUUAAUGCUGGGGGCGAUUAUUUGACUUGGCAAAAGGGGACUUUUUAUACUCAUUGGUUUAAACAUGCUGAUGAAAUGUUAUUUAGUUCUAAAAUUAUCGAAGCCGACCGUGAAUUAAAUCAGGGUGAAAGUAAUCCUGAUAUUAUUGAGGAAUUAUGUAGAAGACCACCUGAUGAUAGAGAUAGUAUGAGAGGAUUGAAACCUGGUUUUGAUAGGGAUGGUAACAAGAUUAGAUUAUUGCAGUUGAAAGAUGAUUUGAACAAGGUUACAUUUCAAGCCUAUUGGAUGACGGGGGGAGACGGGUUUGAAUGGAUAGAACCUGAUCAAGAUCCAGCAGACAUUCAAUGGAGAAAACAUUUGGAAUUGUAUAAUAAACCAGCAUUGAAACAAGGUGAAUUUGGCGCCUUGGGCUGGGCUGAUGAUUUGAUCCAAAAAUCUACAAAAGACGUUUAA